AUGGGAGACAUUGUUCCUGUGACCGUGAAACCUAAAGUAGGGAACUCUACGAUAAGUUGCCCCAUGCUAGACUCGGCAAACUACACUGUGUGGGCAAUCCAUAUGAAGCUUCUACUAAAGGUUUACAAAGUAUGGGAGAUCGUGGAAACAGAAUCAGUUGAGAGCGACAAGAACGACAUGGCUAUCGCUCUUAUUUUCCAAUCCAUUCCUGAAUCACUUAUCUUACAGGUUGGGGAGUUGACUACGGCGAAUAAAGUGUGGGUUGCUAUCAAAUCUCGCCACCUAGGAGCAGACAGGGUGAGAGAAGCUCGUUUGCAAACCCUAAAAGCAGAGUUUGAUCGUUUAAAGAUGAAGGAAACAGAAACCAUCGAUGACUUCGUCGGCAAGCUAUCAGAAAUAAGUUCCAAAUCUGCAUCGUUGGGUGAAAACAUAGAUCAAACAAAGAUGGUGAAGAAAUUUCUCUCAAGCCUGCCAAGGAAGAAAUUCAUACACAUUGUGGCGUCGUUAGAACAAGUUCUUAAUCUCAAUGACACCACGUUUGAGGAUAUCGUUGGACGACUAAAGGCUUAUGAAGAACGGAUAAGUGAAGACGAUGGAAGUGGUCAAGAAGAACAGAGCAAGUUGAUGUAUGCGAGUUCAGACAACCAGAACUACCAGUCGAACCGAGAGUAUAAUGGACGAGGUCGUGGAGGAAGAUACUAUGGUAGAGGCCGUGGAAGAGGAAGACAGUAUCGCGAAACAGAUCUGUCUAUAAUCACCUAUUUCAGGUGUGACAAAACCGGACACUUUGCAUCAGGAUGUCCAGAUAGAUUGUUGAAGCUUCAGGAGGCUUAUGAAAACAAGUCUGAGAAAGGUCAUGAUACGCAAGAGGCAGAUAGAUUACUAGUUCAUGAGGUUGUGUUCUUGAAUGAAAAGAAUGUGAAACCAAAGGAACUUGAAGUGAGCUCAGAGAAUGAUAGAGUGUGGUAUUUGGAUAAUGGGGCAAGCAACCACAUGACAGGAAGAAAGAAGUAUUUUAAAGCCAUUGAUGAGUCGAUAACAGGGAAGGUGCGCUUCGGAGAUGACUCGAGGAUUGACAUCAAAGGCAAAGGUUUUGUACUCUUCAUCACUCAGGACGGUUCAAAGAAACUACUAGCUGACGUCUACUAA